CAAAUCUCAUUAUCUCUCCUUUUCCAGAGAAUUUUCCAUGGCCAAAAUUUUACCCUGUGGCCAUCUAUCUCUGCUACAGUGCUCUUCCCACGAUUUUAGAGAUAUGUAGCAUGUAUGUAUUUAUUUUUUUUAUUUAUAAAAGUAACUCAAGGCAGCAAACAUUUAAUACCCUUUCAUUCUCCUAGUUUCCCCACAACCAUCUGGGAGGUGAGUUGGGCUGCGAAAGAGUGGCUGGCGCAGUCACCCAGCUGGCUUUCAUAGCUAAAUUGGACACGAAGUCAUGGUUUUCUGCUUUCAGUGCCUUAACCACUAUAUCAAACUGGCUCUCAGUAUGAAUUCUCAUUAGUCUGCAGAAGUGCCAAUACUGUUUUUGUCUUGUUUUCCAAAGUCUUAACUUUUGCCUCCAUAUAGCAGUACACAAAAAACAUUGCCUGCAUGAUCCCGAUCUUUGUAGGUAUUGGUACCUCUUGACAUAUUGAUCUUUUCCAAGGCCUUCAUUGCUAGGCCUUGGAAACUGAGGGCUAAUCUGCUGCAUAUUUCUUAACUGCUGAUUCAUUUACUGUUAAUAGUCAAUCCCAAAGACAGAAGAUAUCCACCACAAUAGCUUUAUUAUUAGUUCUGAAGCUGGUAACUAUAUCUUUUGUCAUUAGUUUGGCCUUCUUUUAUUUAAUUUUUCCUUAAUCAUCUACUGUGCAAUAACCUUUGUUAUUGGAAUUUUCAGCAGCUUAAGUUGCAAGGAAAAUUUCAUUUUGAAGGAUCCCAUAUACAUUUUAAAAUUAUAAUAAAAUAAGCAGUAGAAUGUAGCCAAAAAAAAGAUCUAUUCAGCAUCAACUGCCAUACCAUCCUUUGAGGGUAUUAAGGAAUCCUGUCUAAAAUUCUGGUGAGUAAAAUUAAGACCAUGGAGAAAAACCAUGACUAUGCACAGCAAUAUAAGAAUAGACAAUCCUGUAUCAGAGUAGGUAUACUUGUAUCUGUAUGAGUAACUCAUUGAGAACAUUCUCAUCUAGGCCAAAGAUUUAAAACAACAGUGACAGCUCAUAAGGGGCAUUUUAAUAUGCUUUAUGCUAUUCAAAUGUGUAUAGCUGAUCGAUGAAGCAGAAGUUCUCAUGGAUACAGGAUACUUAAAAAGAACAACGGGAGCUAGAAUAUCUUGAGAAAGAGAAUUGAAUGCUAGCUGAACUGAGAAUGGUACAUUUUUGGCUGCUCUUCCUUCUGACGUUAUAUAAUGUAAAUAAUACAAUUUGAGAUCCAUUCUUCAACAGCACAAAAGCUGAUGUACUUGCACUUAUCCUUUUAAACCAGCCCCUUAUAAUUGAUUUCUUGAAGCUGUUUGUAUGUAUUCUUCAGUUGAAUACCACCAAGCUAGUGGGAGUGCUACUGAACUCAAUGCUCUUUACAGUAUAAAUAAUCCUCAUAUUUUGAGCUGCACACAUCAUGACCAGCUGAUAUUUUCUUUCCUCAGGACCAGCUGUUCCCUAGGAGUGUCUGGCUGGAGCCAUAUGAUCUUAGCAACAUAUUUCAGAGCUGUUUCUAAACACUGACAAAGACACUUGUGCAGCAAUGACUGUUGUAGAGGAAAAUCGGCCUUUUGCCCAACAACUAUCCAAUGUCUACUUUACAAUACUUUCACUUUUCUGCUUUAAACUUUUUGUAAAAAUCAGUCUUGCAAUACUCAGUCAUUUCUAUAUUGUAAAGGGGAAUCGUAAAGAGGCAGCAAGAAUAGCUGCUGAGUUUUAUGGAACUCCUCAAGGACAAGGCUCUUGGGCAGACCGCUCACCCCUGCAUGAAGCAGCAAGCCAAGGGCGCCUUCUUUCUCUCAAAACAUUAAUUGCACAGGGAUACAAUGUAGAUGCUUUAACUAUUGAUCAAGUGACACCAUUGCACGAGGCAUGCCUUGGAGAUCAUGUAGGAUGUGCUCGGAUACUUCUCGAAGCAGGAGCAAAUGUGAAUGCCACAACUAUUGAUGGGAUAACACCCUUAUUUAAUGCCUGCUCAAGAGGAAGUGCAUCUUGUGUACAACUUCUAUUGGAAUAUGGUGCAACAAUUCAAUGGGAGAGAUGUUUUCCUUCACCAACUCAUGAAGCAGCCAGUAGAGGUCACAGUGAUUGUCUAGAAUUGCUGAUUUCUUGGGGCAUAGAAGUUGAUCUAGAUGUUCCUCACCUAGGAACACCUCUAUAUGUGGCUUGCUUUUCACAGCAGAAACAAUGUGUUCACAAACUUCUGCAUUCAGGGGCAAAUGUUCAAAAAGGAAAGUUUUUGGAAACUCCAUUGCAUGCAGCUGCAAGGCUACCUAAUACUGAAAUAGUAAACAUACUUCUUGACUUUGGAGCAGAUAUAAAUGCCAAAAAUUCUGAAUUUGAACGACCUGUAGAUGUCGCUGUUUCAAGCAGCUUGGUGGAAAAAAUACUGCUAUUACAUGAAGUUACUCCAUGUUCUCUUUGCCAGCUGUGUCGACUACGAAUCCGAAAUUAUAUAGGAAAGUCUAGAUUGCAUCUUGUACCACAACUUCAACUGCCAAACAUCUUGAAAAAUUUCUUACAGUACCAAUAAAAUAGUGAAUCGAA